GUCCCGCCGGGCUCUUUAAGCGGGUCUCGGGGCGGCGCGCCGUGGCGCCAUGGCGGAGCCCACGCCGGGGUCGGCGCUGCCGCUGCGGGCGAGGUUGAGUUUCGCGGCCGGGCAUUUCCUGAACGAUCUGUGCGCGUCGCUGUGGUUCACGUACCUGCUGCUCUACCUGCACGCCGUGCUGGGAUACAGCCACGGGCUGGCCGGGGCGCUGCUGCUGGCCGGGCAGGUGGCGGACGGGCUGUGCACGCCGCUGCUCGGGUACGAGGCGGAUCGAUCCACCGGCUGCGGGCGGUACGGGAGGAGGAAGACGUGGCACCUGGCGGGUACCACCUGUGUCCUCAUCUCCUUCCCCUUCAUCUUCAACCUCUGCCUGGGCUGCAAGGAGGGCACCCCACAGUGGGCAGCCUUCAUCUAUUACCUCCCCUUCAUCGUCAUCUUCCAGUUCGGCUGGGCAGCCACACAGAUCUCCCACCUGUCCCUCAUCCCGGAGCUGGUGACCAGUGACCAUGAGAAGGUGGAACUCACGGCUUUCAGAUACGCCUUCACCGUCAUGGCCAACAUCACUGUGUAUGGCCUGGCCUGGCUGCUGCUGAACAUGGAGGUGGACCAGCCCGAGCGCACAGAGCACCUGGGCAUCCAGGAUGUCCCCGUGUUUCGGAACCUGUCCCUCAUCGUGGUGGGGCUGGGAGCUUUGUUCUCCCUCAUCUUCCACCUGGGCACCAAAGAGGAGCUGUACCCGCUGCCGCAGCCCGAGGAGAGCACCCCCCUGCUGCACAAGGAGCCCACGAGGUCCCCGCGCUCGCUGCUGGUGUGGAAGGACUGGCUGCUGGAACCCUCCUUCUACCAGGUUGCAGUGCUCUACAUGGCCACCCGGCUCAUCGUCAACCUGUCCCAGACCUACAUUGCCAUGUACCUGACCAACUCGCUGCUGCUGCCCAAGAAAUACAUUGCCACCAUCCCCCUGGUGAUGUACAUCAGCGGCUUCCUCUCCUCCUUCCUCAUGAAGCCCGUGAAUAAGUGGAUAGGUCGAAAUCUGACGUACUUUGUGGGCAUCCUGGUGAUCCUGGCCUUCGCCUCCUGGGUGUCCCUGAGCAGGGAGAUGGGAGCAGAGAUCUACGGGGUGGCCGUGCUGCUCGGGGCCGGCUCCGCCACCAUCCUGGUCACAUCCCUGUCCAUGACGGCUGACCUCAUCGGGACCAACACGCACAGCAGUGCAUUUGUCUACGGGGCCAUGAGCUUCACGGACAAGAUGGCCAAUGGCCUGGCUGUGAUGCUGAUCCAGAACCUGCACCCGUGCCCGACUGAGCUCUGCUGCCCGGCCUGUGUCAGCUUCUAUCACUGGGUGAUGGUGUUGGUCACUGGGGGCAUUGCCAUGGCUGCCACCGUGUUUCUGUGCUGCAUCAUGAUCUGGCCCAUCCGCAUCCGCUUCCACGACAUUGCCCUGCAAGGACUGAACGACACCGGGAUCCACGAGACACAGAGCGCAGGGGGCAGGAGCCUGAGCAGCACCGUCAACUGAGCAGCACCCAGAUACAGUGCAGCACCCACAGCCGUGAUGCAGCACCCACUGAUACAGUGCAGCCAUAGACACAAUGCAGCCCACAAUGCAGCCAUAGAUACAAUGCAGCCUGCAAUGCAGCCCAUAACGCAGCCUGCAAUGCAGCCCAGUGCUGCUCCCCACCGGGCUCCCCGUGCAGGGUCUGUUGGCCGUUGGGCUCCGUGUUGCUGUAUGGACACAACGGGCCCGUCCCGCUGUUUGCACUGUGUGCUGUGGGGCCGUGCUGUCCCGCACGCAGCACUUUGUUGUACGGAGGAGCGGACCGUGCACCGCAAUAAACGCCGAUCCCGGCCCGUCCCGGCCCG